GAAAAAUUUGAAACAUGUUUGCACAUUGGGCAUGCGAAGCACGCAAUUAAGUGAGAGCCUAAACAAUGAUUUGAAAAUUCAUUUCAAAUCAGAUUUUGACAUUAUUCGCUUUCUUAAACAUUUUGAAAGGGUGGUGCAAGGAAAAAGAAACAAUGAGCUAAACUCAGAAUUUGAAUCAAGGAAAAAAAUACCAAGGGUCAUAAUAAAGAUACCUAUGUUGUUGCAGGCAAGUAAAUCAUACACACCUAUUGUGUUUGAAGCUUUUCAAGGUCAAUAUGAAAGGUCCAUGACAGCGUGUGCUAAGGUAUUGGAUGGAAACAAUGAAUACCUUGUUGCAACCGGGAGCCUCGGUGAAGAUGUAGUCCUUGACGAGGAGUACAUAGUAAUCGGUAAUCCUUUGGACCAAACAGCAAUAUGUAGUUGCAACUUAUUUAAUAGAAUUGGUAUAAUAUGUGCUCGUGCUUUGAAAGUUCUUGAUUUAAUGAAUAUCAAGUCAUUGCCUACACAAUAUAUAUUGAAACGGUGGACACGACAAGCACGAAGUGGCACUGUACAGGACAAGAAUGGUAGAAUUGUAAUUGAGAAUCCAAAGUUUGAUGCAAUGCGCCGUUACAGAUAUUUUUCUCAAAAACUUCUCAAUUUGGCACAUCGAGUAGCCUACUAUCCAGAGUGCACCUCACUGAUGGACAACACGAUUGAUCUUCUUGGUCAACAGAUUGAAGACAAAAUUAAUAUAUGCAGUGGUCCUUCUAAUGCUGAAAAGAAUGCAACUCAGGUUGAUAUUGUUGUACCAAAUGAUACAUUGAGUAAUGCACAAUUAAAGAAAAAAGAGGUCCGCAUAAGAAGUUCAAAGAGACAAAAAUUUGGGUGGGAAGGAAAGCACAAGGGGAGGAAAAAAGGACAAAGCAAAAAUAUAUUGCAUGUACAAGCACCGAAGGUAUAUCAAAAUUCUGAACAAGCACAAGAGGUAAAGGAAACAAGCAAUCCAACAAGUAUUGACAUUCAGUUCCAUAAAGAAUAUAACACCAUCAAUUCUUUCACUCAACUGUUGACUGGAGCAAGCAGUGAUGAUCUAAAAACUGAAAAUUUCUUUGAGCUGUGAAGCAAGUCAAUGCUAUUUUGUAGUUUAUUGUUGUAUCUUGUUAUUGCUAACUGCAAGGUAGAUGGAGUGUUCAGUGAAAACAAUAUCAAGUGGAUCAAUACUUGUAUUCACUUUCUUUCAUAUCCAGUUUAAACAAU